CGCCCGCUUCCGGGACUCGGAGGGGAGCGGAGGGCAGCGCGAUGGAGCCGUCUGCGGCCCGCACCGAGGAAGCGGCCCCAGAAGGUGGCCUGGUCACCCUCCUGGUCAAGAGCCCGGCCCAGCGCCACCCGGACCUGGUCCUGCCCGCUCGGCGCGCGUGGAGCGUUCGGCGGCUCAAGUCAGAACUCCGCCGCCUCCACCCGGACGCCCCGCCUGAAGACUCUCAGAGGCUGAUCUAUUCUGGGAAGCUGUUGCAUGACCAUCUUUGCUUGCAAGAUGUGCUUGCCAAGCAGGAAAUGGUGCAUGCUGUGCACUUGGUGUGCAACUUGAAUCUGCCUCCAAAGCAAGGAACUGAUGUAAAGACUGCCGAAGUCAAGCAGCAGCCGGCAGCACUGAGCCAAGCUCCUUCUGUCCUUCCUUCAGUUCCUGCUGCGAGGCAAGGAGAGAAUGCUGGCAACCAGCCUCUUCCAACAGAGGAAGCUGGGAACAGGUCUCCAUCGGUACAGCCUCCCUCUCAAGACGUGAACCCUGGCUACUCCCCAUAUACUACCUACCACGCCCUGCAGUUCUGGUUCCAUCAGAUGUAUGCGCGGCAGUACUAUGCACAAUACAUGGCUGCCAGCGUUGCAUCACGCGACCUAUCCCCUACACAGAGGACACAGGAAAUCCCAGUAGCACCAGUUGCUUCUCCAGCUCCUCUUUCUGGUCCUUUUCCUGCCGAAAACCAGCCUGGAAAUCAGAAUGCACCCCCCCAGGUGAACCCAGGAGUCAAUCAGAACCUACGAAUGAAUGCACAGGGAGGUCCUCUAAUGGAAGAAGAUGAAGAAGUCAAUCGUGACUGGCUGGAUUGGCUCUAUUCGGCCACCCUGUUUUACGUGUUGGUCAACAUUGUGUAUUUCUAUUCGAGCAUGAGCAGGCUUUUCAUGGUGAUGGUGGGCACCCUUCUCAUGUACCUGCAUCAGGUUGGGUGGUUCCCUUUUAGGAGGAGGCCAGUACAGCCUGCUCAGAACAAUAUUCCUCUCCAAGCAGCUGUUAACCAGGACCAAAACAAUAACUUGCCGGAGGAAAACCUUGGUGAUCAGCGUGAAGAGGAAGCCUCUGAAGCUCUACCAGAGAGUCCACCAGCAGCACCUUCAUUUGUGAGCACAGCCUGGCUGUUCUUCAAGACCUUCUUUGCAUCCCUCCUGCCAGAAGGGCCUCCUGCUGUGGCCAACUGACUGGGUGCUUGUGGCCCACACGAUAUAGUCAGUUAUUGCUGUUGCUGGACUGGAUGUAAGCUCAAAUGCUGAAAGGACCAAGUUAUCAUCUGGGAAAAGGAAACUUCAUCUUCAUUCACCAGCUAAAGGCAGAUGCAGCAGUCUCUUUAGACUGGGCAUUUGGCUUUCCAGAGCUUCAGUGAAAUUGUAUGGUAGACAAUAGAGUGCCUACGACAAUGUGUAAUUCUGUACUUAAUGUAAAUAGGGUUGCUGGUGGGCAGAGGGAGCGAGAAGUUGAUUGCUUCUCCUAGUAUGACUUGAUUCCUGUUGGAAUGUAUCUAAUGCUCUUAAUUACACUGAGUGUAGUAUUUUAUGCAACCAGUGAAUUGCUAGAUAUGUAUUAUAAGAAUUCUACAGGGAAGAUUUAUGCCAAAAAUGAAGAGAAGCUGUGCUCCCCCAAAACAAUGAACUUAAAAAGAUUUUUGUGUAAUAGCUUUCUAUAGAAGGCAUGAAUGGAGCCUGUUAACAAGCUAAACAGCAAAGCAAGAUUUUUUUCUUGUUUAAUCUGGAGCACAUGUAUUUUAUAACAAACACUUUCCUGCAUCACCAGUUGUAGUAUAUGCAUGACCCAAGCACUCUUCUCUCAGAUCUACUGUGAAUAUCAUGAUCUUUACCAUGGUGUUCUCUAUUUCCUGUAUUUGGUACAUCUGGUAAAGAAUAUUGUCAGGUAACAUUUUCCCCAUCACAUUUCAAACUCAAAAGACUUUCUGUGAAUUGGAUGGCAUACUUCAUGCUGGGGCCUGCUUUAAAAUAAUUCUGACUACUUUUAAGUAUGCUGUUAAUCAAGAUGCUCUUAAAAUCCUUUUGGAAUGGCUCUCAAAUGUUAUCACCACAUUUCUAGUUUUAAUUACGGCAAGUACUUGGUCAAAAAAGAGAAAAGGUGCAUGCAACAAAGCAAAUCUGAGUGAAAUGGAUGAUUAUGAGGUGCUUAAAUAAAUCCCUUAAGAGCAAUAUAUUCAAGGUGCCUUUGGACUCUGCUCGAAGGAGCUGGCUGCAGUGCUCGUAUUCAUUUGUUUGAGCCAUCCAUAACAACUUUUUUCUUUUUUGCUGCCCCUCAGUCUAUGCCUCCUUCCAGAACUCAUGAGUUUACAAUAUCAAUCUUCAACUCAGGGAUAAAGUGAUCCUGGUUGGUCUAUCUAAAGUUUUUCUUGUGUGUGUGCAUUCCGGUUUUAAGUGAUGCUGAAAUCUUGUAUUUUCAGUAUUGUAAAUUGUAAGCUUAGAUUGCUCAAACUGUAUAUUAUAAACUCCUGUAUUGCUGACUACAUAACAGCUCAACUGUGUUCUUGUAUAUUAUCUAUUAAAAUUUAAUACUGGAUUAAUUUAA